GCUGUUCCCGCCAGCCACCAGCUCACACCAACAACAUUUGCUUCUCUGUUUUUCUGACCAUCCUUCUCUUUAAUCUCAGUGGCAUUUCAUCGAACAUGGCUGCUGCAUUAGUUGAAGCAUCGCCCCCGGAGAUGGCGACGCUGGCGGAGGCCUUGGUAGUCCUUGUGCGCGAUGUCUCGGCUAUGAGGGAAUUCACUGGCGCAACCGGAGCUCUCCGUUUGGAAUGUGUGCGCUUAGUACGCAACGUCUCUUUGCUUUCUCAUCUUCUUGAGGAGAUUCAGGACUCGGCUGGCAAUGCUGGGGCUGCUUGUGUGGCGUCUUCUUCUUCUUCUUCUUCUUCUUCUUCUUCUUCUUCUCGUGCUGCGUGUCCGGUCUCGUGUUUGGCUGAUCUCUUGUUCGCUGUUGAGGCUGUCAAGCGCUUUCUUCAGCUUGUUUGUGGUUCUGUCUCUGAUUUUGCAUGGAAGAACAUUGCUCUACAGCUUCAGUACGUAACAUGGCAAUUGGAAAAGGUUCUAAGAAACUUGCCAUAUGAUUUUUUUGGCAUAUCGGAUGAAGUCCAAGAAGAGGUCGAGCUUGUGCUCUCGCAGCUGAGACGAGCAACAGAGAAAAUUGGAGCACUAAAUAUCAAAGUUUUUUCUGAAAUUUAUUGUAUCCAAUUACAUGCACAUGGCAAAGAAUACAAACACCUGUCUUCAAGCUUGUCAGGAUGCUUUCAGAUUGAUAAUGCAAGCUAUGAUUAUCAUGAUUUCCGGGAUAUAUUUGUGUUGGUUACACAAAUUAAUUUCAAGUCGAAGUGUGAUGCUGAUCAAAUGCAAUGCAAUGUUGCAGAAAGUCCUAAAACAACCAGACCAAGUGGUCCUCUUCGAGCUAUUGUAACUGAUACCAAUCCCAUUUUGGAAGCUAAAAUGAAAGAAGACACUUGUUCUAAUCAUAUUGCUAUUCCAGAGGAUUUUCGUUGUCCAAUAACCCUGGAAUUAAUGAGAGAUCCUGUUAUUGUAUCAACUGGACAGACCUACGAGCGAUCCUCUAUCCAGAGGUGGAUAGAUUGUGGCAAUCAAACAUGCCCAAAGACUCAGCAGAAACUCCAAAACCUUACACUUACUCCUAAUUAUGUUCUCAGAAGCCUGAUUAUGCAAUGGUGUGAGACUCACAAUGUUGAACAGCCAUGCAGGAUAAGUGGGAAGCUGAGAAAAUGCAAUGGAUCCUUUAUGGAAGUUUGUGGGGAUCAAACUACCAUUGAUGCUUUGGUUCAUAAGCUCUCAAGUAGUUCAAAUGAGGAGAGGAAGUCAGCUGUUGCUGAUAUAAGAUCACUGGCAAAAAGAAAUUCAGGCAACCGAAUUCUUAUUGCAGAAGCUGGAGCUAUUCCAACUCUUGUUGAUCUCCUCUCAGACAGUGAUCCAAAGAUCCAAGAACAUGCAGUGACAUCAAUCCUUAACCUUUCUAUAUAUGAUAACAACAAGGAAAUAAUAAUGUUAGCAGGAGCUAUUGAUCCAAUUAUUCAAGUUCUUCAAACUGGUAGCAUGGAGGCUAGAGAGAAUGCUGCAGCAGCCAUUUUUAGCUUAUCUGUGAUUGAUGAGAACAAGAUAACCAUUGGAAGUAUACCAGGUGCUAUAGAAGCAUUGGUGGAGUUGCUGAAUUUCGGGAGCUCAAGGGGAAAGAAAGACGCUGCAACAGCCUUGUUCAACUUGUGCGUUUACCAGGGGAACAAAGCCCGUGCCAUCCGAGUGGGCAUUCUGACCCCUUUGCUGAAGAUGCUCAAAGAUUCUUCUAGCUAUUGCAUGGUAGAUGAGGUGCUCACUAUAUUAUCAGUUCUUGUGAGUCACCGAGAAGGUAAGGUGGCUAUAGCUAAAGCUUGCAUUAUCCCGCUUUUGAUAGAUUUGUUAAGGACCGGGCAGCCACGCAGUAAGGAGAAUGCCGCAGCUAUAUUACUUGCUCUCUGCAAGAAGGAUGGGGAGAACCUUGCUUGUGUUGGGAGGUUAGGUGCGUUUAUACCAUUAACAGAGCUUGCAAGGAGUGGUACCAAUAGAGCCAAGCGGAAAGCUUCUUCUCUGCUUGAGCACCUUAGGAAAUUGCAUAUGCUCUAAGUUUUUUGCUGCUGAUUCAACACAGUUCCUUCAAGCUGAAUUUGAGCCUUUGUUCAUGAGUAUGUGAUCACUGAAGUCGAUUUAAGCAUGUCAUGGCUGUUGCUCACAACAGAGCUUAUUUCAUUAUUACGAUGUUGGCUACAUACUGCGAAGUUGUGUGUUUCUCUUCUGAGCUUGAGGAACUGAGAACUUGACAUUGCUGCUCCGAAAUAUAUUUCCUCAGGUGAGGAAAUAAAGGAGCCUCUUUUUGUCUUGGAUGUAAGUGGUUUUGGUUAUGGCUUGUUCUCACUUGUCAUCACAAGUUGCAUAGAAUUUGCUAAUCUUGAAAAAAUAGAAUUAGAUGCCCAAUUUCAUGAGUGAAAUGCAUUUCUGAAACUGUAGAAGAAGAAAAUAUUAAUGCCAUGCAGAGCAUCAUCAAACUGUACCUAUACUUUCAUUUUACAAAUUCCUUUCUGUACAAUUGCAUUUUGCAUGUCAAUAUUUGUUUAAAGAUACGCUGAAAUGUGAAAGCGUGAAUGAUUUGUGCUUGA